AUGGUUCUUAUUGUGCAGAGAAACAACUGCAAUUUGGAUUUCUGUAGAUGUUCCAAGUGCACAACCCCCGGAGAAACAACUGCAAUUUGGGUUUCUGUAGAUGUUCCAAGUGCACAACCCCCGGGUCAAUAUGAAGGGGAGUUCGUCAUUACUGCUACCAAAGCAGACACAGAGACUGUAGAGCCACCUAGAGUCCCACCAAAACCCAUUGAUGGAAAACCAUCCGACGAAUUGGUAGAAAGAGUGAAAUCUGCAACUAUAUCUUUAAGAAGAGUUCUUUUGUCGCCAUCAUUUGCUGACUUCUUUUCAGAUAAUGGGCCGGUGGAUAUGAUGGAUGAAGAUGCUAUUUCAAACCUUUCAAUACGCAUAAAGCUAAGUUUGAUGGUCUGGGACUUUGUUCUGCCGGCGACACCUUCUCUUUCUGCUGUUAUUGAGAGUCUGUUGAAGGGGAUCAUCAAUGCGAGUAAGGAAUUUUUCAAUCUGACAGAGGAGGAGAAAAAGGAGUUUGCAGGAAGGAAAAUUUUAGACCCAAUCAAGUGCGGUACAAGCUUGAGUACUUCAAACGGAAUGAUUUCCUUGGGGGUAGAUUUUCUCAAGCUAAUUGUGCAGCCGGAUCAGUUUCACUCUCCCAACAAACGUUACAAACCUAUAGGUUUCAGUGAGGUCGCAGUGGAGUAUUGCAACAGUGGCCGGAGAAUAUUAAGAGAAUUACUCAAAGGAAUAUCGGAGAGCCUAGGAUUGGACAACUAUUAUGUGGAAAAAACCGUGAAUUUGGACUCAAGUGCACAACUCUUUUCUGCCAAUCUGUAUCCACCUUGUCCACAGCCUCAACCUGCAAUGGGUUUGCCACCUCAUUCGGAUCAUGGCCUACUCACCUUCUUUAUUGUCACAGGGUAA